CAGUACAAAUGUAGUAAUUAUGAUACAGUAUUAUUGUGGUUUUUAAAGACAUUUUCUUGCUUCUCUGUAAUUUUUCUCUUGGUGCCUGUGUGAGACUGACAUCUAGUGGUUGGCCUGUUUUACACACGUCACACAAACACAGAAACAGGAAACGGUAAUCUCCUGUUCAGGGAAAGUGAAACUAAAGUGUAGUCGAGCGGUUGUGUGUUUGUGUCUCUGGAUUCAAGCAGUAAAAUGGCAGAAGCCAGAAUUUCAGUGGAUCAAAAUGAGUUCCUGUGUCCAGUGUGUCUGGAUCUCCUGAAGGAUCCUGUGACUACUUCCUGUGGACACAGUUACUGUAAGAUCUGUAUUACAGACUGCUGGGAUCAGGAGGAUCGGAAGAAAGUCUACAGCUGUCCUCAGUGCAGACAGACCUUCAGUCCAAGACCUGCUUUAGCUAGAAACACUAUUCUGGCUGAAAUGGUGGAGAAACUGAAGAAGACUAAACUUCCUGUUGACUGUGACGCUGGAGCUGGAGAUGGAGAUGUUAAGUGUGACGUCUGUACUGGAAGAAAAUACAAAGCCGUCAAGUCCUGUCUGAACUGUCAGGAAUCUUACUGUCAAACUCAUUUUGAUCAUCAUGAGGAGUUUCAUUCACGUAAACCACACAAAGUGACAGAAGCCACUGAACGACUGCAGGAGAUGAUCUGCCAGAAACAUGACAAGCUCCUUGAGGUUUUCUGUCUUACUGAUCAGAAAUGUAUAUGUGUGCUGUGUAUGGAUGAACAUAAAAACCACAACACUAUAUCAGCUGCAGCACAGAGGACAGAAAAACAGACACAGUUAAAGGAGCUGCAGAAGCAGUUAGAGGAGAGCAUCCAGCAGAGAGAGAAAGAUCUCCAGCAGCUGAGAGAGACUGUGGAGUCUCAUAAGCGCUCUGCCCAGACAGCGGUGGAAGACAGUGAGAGGAUCUUUACUGAGCUCAUCCGCUCCAUUAAGAGAAGCCACUCUGAGGUAGCCCUGGAUGCCUCAGAUGGGCACAGUGAGUGUGCCACUUGCCUGGGCCACACCCAGGCAGAGAUUGUGUUCGUCGAGACAGACUGCUUUCACUGCGAGAGCAUUGCUGAGUCCCAAUUCGCAUACUAUCCAUCCUAA